AUGUCAAGCAAAGAAAAAGAAUGGAUCCCGCCCCAGCGGUACGUCCCGGGUCCCGGAAUGCCUGCAUUGCCGCCACAACUUUAUCAGGAUUCCAACAAAACUGUCGAUGAAGUUGCUGAAGAGCUUAAGAAAAUGCCCUUUUUUAUGACUGAGCUCGAUGACGUUGAUGAAAACGAUGAAAACUCACGCAAUCAGAUUGAAGCUCUUAAAGCCCUCGCAUAUGAAGGUGAACCAGAAGAGGUUGCUGCCAACUUUAAAGCCCAGGGUAAUGAGCAAUACAAACUGAAACGGUACAAGGAUGCUGUUGAGUUCUACACAAAAGCUAUCAACGUCGAGUGGCUCGGAGAAAAAGGCGAAGAUCCAGAGGAAGGCCGCAAAAUCAAAAUGGCAUGUUUUUCCAAUAGAGCUGCUUGCAAUCUUGAACUCAAGAACUACCGCCAGUGUAUCAAUGACUGUAAGAUCGUUCUUACUCAGUUUGAGCCGGCACAUGAAAAGUCAUUGUUCAGAGCAGGCAAGGCUUACUUGGGUGUGGAUCGCGCCGAUGAAGGAAUGCAACUGCUACAGUACGGUGUUGAGGUUGUUCCGGAUAGCAAAACUCUUCCUGGGCUGCUACAAACUCUGACUACUAGACAUAACACCAAGCUUGAACUAGAGCGUAAGCGUCGCGAAGCCGAAGAACUUAAGCAAACAAAGAAGCGUAACCUUGAAGCCUCUAUUGCUGCUCAUAAAUUUACCUUACUCAAAAGCGCAAACACUGAAGACGAUAGCUCGAGUCCGCUUCCAUCAGAUGUCAGAAUCCAUUUGGAAGACGAUCUCAACCCUGCUUCAACUCUUAUUGUCCCAGUAAUGUUCUUAUACCCUGUCGACAUGCAAUCUGACAUUAUCCAACAAGCUGAUGUGGACUCGACAACCAUCAACGAAUACCUCCAACAACUCUUUGGUGAUGAGCUGCCUCCAUGGGUUUGUGAGGAUAAUAAAAACGUUUCUGAUUAUUCCAACAUCAAAACACUUGAGGUUUAUGCUCAAACUGACUCUGGUGGCCUCGUCAAGGUCGGUAAAGCAUCGACUUUAGCUAAGGUUUUCUCAUUAGAAAAGCCCGUCGUCCCUAUAAUUGAUAGUGUCCCUAGACUUUACGUUGUGCCCAAGAACAAAGCCAAGGAAUGGCUUUCAAACUGGAACAAAGAUCAUGCAAGAUACCUAUUAUAUGGAGAAUAA